AGUGCCGGUGUGGGGCGAAUGUCUGCCCACAUUUCCACCGCGCAAUCAGAACAUCAGGAGACGGGAGAGUGACGUCUUUCAUCACCCCACGCGGCUGGCCGAGACCGAUCGCCAGCAAAUAUGACGACAACCUGAUAAUCAUCGGCAUGUCAUCGCAGAGAGAUGCGGCCACAUGGACAAUAAGAACGUGUGCAUCCGCCCCCGGCCAAAUUUUUUGCUUCCCUCUUCAUUCUGCUCAAAACACCGUCCUCUAUCUUGCUCACUAUACUAUACCACCAAUACCGCCUGCCCACCAUGCCGAAGAGUCACGAGCACCCUCCCAGAAAACACCUGCACAACCCGACGGGCUACACAGACGAGGCCGCCGAAGAGUGCCACGACCUCAUUGACAGGGCCGAGCACGAAGCCCACCUCUUUGAUGACAACGGCCCCAUGAGCGGUCCGUCGGGGGAAAAGAACAUGUCGAAUGACAGCAGCAGCAGCAGCAUGCCCAAGAAGAAGCCCGGUCUCGAGAGCAGCAGCAGUGAGGCAAAGAGCAGCUCCUCCAUCGGCGAGAAAAUGGAGGGCAUGAAAGACAACAUGAAGGAAUCAAUGCACAUGAACAAGUGAGGGCAUUGGGAACUGCGCCCGGGUAUCUAGGCUUUAUAUAGUCGCUUACGUGGAUGUAUCAUCGAAAAGCAAAACACUAAUGGAUCUUUGUAUGUCUGCACGAUCGGAAUAUGUACAGUGCAUUGUCGUGUCAAACGGUCGCCACGAGGGAAAAUCUGUCGCCAAUUGCCCACCCAUCGGACUGAGGAUCGAUAUAGCAAUAAUUGUCCGAAUGUGAAUAUUUUCGUGUUGGUUCUGGGAUUCUCCAGCAUUUGAUGUAACUAGCGAUCAUUUCCUGGUAUAGGCGGGAAGUCUUCAACUGUUGGCAUUUCCAAUUGAGUUAUCCGUACACGCAGAAAUGCCAAGGGCCCAUGCCGAUUUCCGCUCACGGCUCUGGGCUUCCAGGUUGGACUUCAGGUAGUUAUAAUUAAAGUAUAGUAGCCUGAUUAUUA